GAUGUCCGUGCUUCGGCAAGGGGCGAUGUAAAUUGGGUCAUGGGGUUUGUUUCGCUAUGAAAUCACCUUGUAGACACAGUAAAACGCCCAUCGGACGUGUAUUACAGGCAAUGCAAGCAAAUUAGAUACACGUUUAACCUCUGAGUUAUCACAGGCAGGGAAAAAGAUACAGGCGAGCGUACUUCUGAGUGUGGUCAAGUCACAUUUAACAGGUGGUUGCCUUGAAAUGCAGAACUGAACCUACAACAAGCGACUUAUUUCCUGGGUACAGCUAUGUAAUCAGCUCGUGCAAGUAUGUGAUUUGUAUUCUACAGCUGGUAUACUUCAUUGCCUGUCGUCAGAUUAUAGCCAUUCCAGGUAGAACAUAUACUUUUUUCUGUCUGUCGGCUGUCACUCAUUUGCUUUAAAGCGGUUUUGUGGAGACACUUUCUGUGGACUUGUAAACCAGCAGACUUCACUAGGAUUACACGUUUUAAGUUGUAUUCGUUUCCUCAAAUCUCUUGAUGAUUUCAGUGCAUAGGACAGUAUAAACACUGCACAGAUUGUAAUACAUAGCAAAGAGUUUCUUGUGCCCUUGUUAUUUAGAUAUCAGCGUCAUUAUUCUGCAGAACAGCUGUUUUUGAUUCUGCAAAAUUGGACAGUCAAUAUCUAUUUCAUACCAUGUAAUAAUGCCUACAAUUUAGAUCAGUGUUCUUACUGAUGCUUGUAGUAUUAGUCCAUUAGAUUCGAGACCCUUUACCAGGGUAUAUAAUACCAUUUUUUUAAAAUGGCAACUGGGCGUGGGUCUCACACAUAUGUUCUUGUCCUCUAUGAUUACGACUACGUCGCUGACGAUGGAAGUCCAGUUUCAAUAAAGAAAGACGAGGAAUAUGUUUUGCUCAAGAAAGCUAACAAAGACUGGUGGCAUGUCGCUAACCUUCACGCGAAGGCGAACGGGGAGAAGCCUUUUUACGUGCCUGCGGCCUAUGUAGAAGAAAUAUACAAAAACGUGAUAUCAGUAGGACCAGGUGAAAUACGAGAAACGAUUGAGGAUGUUCAAAGGGAUGCUACAGUCACAGUUAAUGAGGACCAAGUAACAACUAUUAAGGUUGGAUAUGAUCAAGAACCAGAGCCAGAUUAUCCUGGUGACCCCCCUGACUUGCACCCAAAGACCCCAAAACCUAACGAGGAUUUAGACAAUAACAACAUGAAGGAUUUCAGUUUUCAGGAAGAUUCGGACUCAGUGAGAGUUAAACAAUCACCCCAAAUCGUGCGGCAGAAAUCGGCGCCCCCUGAGGUUCCACAAAAACCCCAACGAAGGUAUGAAGACCCGACCUAUGCUAAUUUAGAGGAAGUGAGAGUGGCGGCGGGGAUGGACAGACCAUUGUCCCAAGUGUCACAGUCGUCAGAUUUGUCACAGGACUCCCCAGAUUCUGACCGAGACUAUGCGAAUUACAGACCAGGUUCUCUCUCUCCCUUUUCCACUUUCGCUAUCUCUCCUCCCUCCCCCAGCCUCGUCCCCAAUAACCCUAUGAAAAAUCUCGACUACGGCUGGGAAGAACAUCUGGACGAAACUACAGGACGAACUUACUACUACAACGUGCACACGCGACAAACAUCAUGGAACCCACCUCGGGUACGAGCACGUAUUCGCUCACACUCGGAUGCGGUUUUUACCGCCAGGCAACGGCUUCAACUUAACACCAGUCGGGACUCUGCAUUUUCCUCUGAUUUUUCACCUGCGAGUCCAGUUUCCCCUCACAGCCCCAGUAUUAGUCCAUUGAGACCUUCGACUCUCUCCUCUAAAAGUGCCAGUCUUCCGCGAGGUUGGAAACAGGAAGUAAAUGAUGGCGGAGAGGUGACUUUUGUGAAUGACGGUCUUGGGGAAAAGUGGCUGUGUUCCCAAGACGACCAAGGGAGGACAUAUUACUACAAAGAAGAUGGCUCCGAGUCGGCAUGGGAGUUGCCUGAAAUGCCAAAGUUGGAUUAUGAAAGACAAUUCUCCAACGACUCGCAACCUGACGAAAGAGAGUUCAGCGCAGACCUUGAUCCCACAGACCAACAUGGAGGCAGCGGAGGCGCACGGCGACCUUCUGCCCCAGUUGGACCGGGCGAGGUGUCACAAUCACCACGGCAACGGGUAUUAAUGCGUACCAGUACUUUACCUAACCACUCGCACAGACCUUCCUUUCUGCAUCUUGUUAGUUCUAGACUAGAGGAGAGCGAUUAUAGCCAUAGAAAGAAAGGGCCUGCACCACAGCCACCAAAGCCUCCAGAAAAAAGAGGAUACCUCAAAGUGACAAAAAUUAUGGAUGGAAAUAAAAAGUUGAAGAAAAAUUGGUCACAGAUCUUUAUCGUUCUCACAGGUCCAAAACUUUUCUUUUAUAAGGAUACUAAAAGUGCUGUAGGGCAGCAAGGUAAACCAGACCAGGAGUUUGAGGUGGGAAAGAUGGACGUGGAGUGGGCCGGCAAAGAAGUCUCCAGUAAAAAGAACACCAUACAGUUAAGCUGCACAGUGGACUUAGAACUACAACAAUACCUCUUACAGCAAGAUGACCAGGGAGUUAUGCAAGAAUGGCAUUCCGACAUCUCAAAGGCUAUCAAACGAUUUAGACCCAGACCAGCAGAAAGCCUACAACACAGCACUUCCUUUAAAAAGAGCGCAACAUUACCUGCGACACUCCAAUCCAACGAGAGUUAUGACUCCGUUCAAAUGCGACCAAUCAGCGCCAGAGGGCGGUUCCAGUCAUCGUCAAAAAGUGAGUGUGAUGCGAUCGACAAAUCUCGAAAUUCAACCGUAACUGUCGUUCAGAGUCAUUUAGAUUUUAAAAUAGAUUGUGAGAUUGACGCCCCUGAAAUUAAAGCCCCCAAAAGUCACUCAAAAGAGGUGACAACAUGUGACAGUUAUUCUGUCCCUGAAGCUGAAACUGAUUUGAUGGCUGCUCAAAGUGCAUGGUAUACACCUUACAGUUCUGUCCAGCAACAAAAUGGUAGAACUGAAACGGAAGUCCCACCAGUCGGGGAUUCCUCAAAAGCUGAUGCUAAAUCUUCCACAGAUAAAAAGAAGAAAAAGAAGGAUAGAAUUAGUAAAGGGGCAGCUAAAACUGAUGUCCACUUAGCUAACAGUUCGUUCUUUAGAUUUGACAGUAAUUCCCAGUCUCCUGGUCUCACUCACUCUCAAGGUGUCACGGCUUUCCUUGCUCGAAGCACUCUUCCAAAUUUGAGAACUCCUCGAAAAAUGAGUGAUCCUUAUUUGUUCACUCAAAACAUCCCUUCUGUGAAGUCUAAACGCAAAAGUGAAGGAAUGCAAUUGUCUAAAUAUGGACUUGGAAAUGAUCUAUCCCAAAAUGUUUAUAUGAAAGAUGGAAAGGCUGGUGUGGGGGUUUCCAGUUUUACAACAGGGGAGUACCUUGCCUGCCAUAGUGACAACAUGUUACAAGGAUCAUCUGCUAAAAAGGGAUCAGGUAAAAGUAAGUAUAAGUACACCCUGAUCCUGAAAAACUUGAUCAACUUAAAAAUCACCUUAAGAAUAAGCUCUCAUCCAAAUUUUGUCAAUUCUAAGAUACCUAUUCCUAAACCACAUAAUCCCAGCCCCCCUCUCAAAAAUUAUUGA